AUGUCUUCUCUUCCACAGGGUCACAGCCGUGGACCCUUCCUUGUGGCCGCCCCCCUCUCCACCAUCAUUAACUGGGAGCGCGAGUUCGAAUUCUGGGCGCCCGACUUCUACGUAGUCACGUACGUGGGCGACAAGGACUCCCGCACAGUCAUCCGCGAGCACGAAUUCUCCUUCGACGAGGGUGCUGUACGCGGUGGCAGUCGUGCGGUGAAAAUGCGCUCCGGCACCGCGGUGCGUUUCCACGUCCUCCUCACCAGCUACGAACUGGUCUGCAUCGAUCAGGCCCUGCUCGGCUCCAUCGAUUGGGAGGUGCUGGUGGUGGAUGAAGCCCACCGGCUGAAGAACAAUCAGUCCAAGUUCUUCCGGAUGCUCAGCAUCUACAAGAUUGGCUACAAACUGCUUCUAACCGGCACUCCACUGCAGAACAACCUGGAGGAACUGUUCCAUCUAUUGCAUUUCAUGUCCCCCGAGAAAUUCUACGAUAUGCAGGGCUUCCUGGAUGAGUUUGCGGAUAUUUCGAAGGAGGAUCAGGUGAAGAAGUUGCACGAGAUGCUGGGGAAGCAUUUGCUGCGACGUCUGAAGGCGGAUGUACUGAAGAAUAUGCCAUCGAAGGGCGAGUUCAUUGUGCGUGUUGAGCUGAGUCCCAUGCAGAACUGUCGCGGCGGUGGCACCCAGGUCUCCCUCAUUAACAUCAUGAUGGACUUGAAGAAGUGCUGCAACCACCCCUACCUCUUCCCCUCGGCAGCCGAGGAGGCACCUCGUCUCAGCAACGGCGCCUACGAGGGCAACUCCCUGCGAAAGGCCUCCGGCAAGCUAGAGCUGCUGGGUGCAAUGUUGAAAAAGUUGAAGGCUGGCGGCCACCGCGUCCUCAUCUUCUCCCAGAUGACCAAAAUGUUGGACCUCCUGGAGGACUUUCUGGACGCCGCCGGCUACAAGUUUGAGCGCAUCGAUGGUGCUGUGACAGGUCAAAUGCGUCAGGAUGCUAUCGAUCGCUUCAACGCCGUGGACUCGCUCUCCUUCGUCUUUCUCCUCUCCACCCGCGCCGGCGGUCUCGGCAUCAAUCUGGCCACUGCAGACACCGUCAUCAUCUAUGACUCGGAUUGGAAUCCGCACAAUGACAUUCAGGCCUUCUCCAGAGCUCAUCGCAUCGGUCAGGCCAACAAGGUGAUGAUCUACCGUUUCGUGACGCGGAACACGGUGGAGGAACGGGUCACUCAGGUGGCAAAGAAGAAGAUGAUGCUCACUCAUCUCGUCGUGAGACCUGGUCUGGGCGGUAAGGGUGCCAGCCAGAUGUCCAAGAAGGAACUCGAUGACAUCCUCAAAUUCGGCACUGAAGAUCUCUUCAAGCACGAGGACGCGGACGGUAAGUUGCGAUUCUGGCUUAUUUUGGAUGCUUACGGAAAAGGUCAUUGCUUUUCAGCCAGUAUAUUUUUUUCUGAAGAGGUUGCUUGA